UUUCAGUCCAUGCACUCGUGUGUACGCUCACUUUGAAUUACUCUUUUCACUACAGCCACAGUGCACGGCAACACACAGAGACACACACACACACACACACACACAAACACACACACUGUACGUCUGCAGUAAUGGUGGGAUACUGUCCAAUCUGUGGGAAGCCCGUUUACUUUGGUGAGAAGAAAAGGUCCUUAGGGAGAGAUUACCAUCCUCUGUGUCUGAAGUGUCACAAGUGCAACAGACAACUGACAGCUGGACAACAUGCAGAGCACGAUGAGAAGCCGUACUGUUCCAACUGCUACCUGAAGAAGUUUUGUCCAAGAGGUAACAGGUGAGACUGUGUUGCCAUGGAAACAUAUCAAGCUGUCCCAGAAACCAGACUGCAUCAAAAUGGACAAACUAAAGAUGGAUG